AUGCCCCGUCAGAGUGCCCUGCUCCCUCCUUGGGCCUUUCACGCCAGCCCAGCAUUUCGGGGGGAUUUUUGUCCCGGGCCUGCGGCGCAACGGGCCAGAGCCGAUCGCGGCAGGCGGGCGCAGCGGGGACGGGGAGACGCGCGCCCGGCACAGACGCGCGCAGCGCUCCGGCCGUCGGCAGCCACCGCCGCGCCGCGUCCGCGGGGCCGGGCCGGGGCGCCGAACGCGGGGCGCGGCGCCGGGGGGCGGGGGCCGGGGGCGGCGGCGCUCCCCGCCCAGCAGCCGCAGCCGCGGGCCGGGCGCGGGGGGCGCAGCGGAGCGGCGGCGGCGGCGCGCAGGGCCAUGUCGGCGCCGUGCCCGCGCCUGCCCGCCGCCGGGUCAGCACCGGCGGAGGCGGACAGCGCCGGCGGCAUGGAGCCGCCCGCCGCCGCCGCCGCCGCCGCCGGGGCCGCCGCCCUGGAGCUGGCCCUGGAGGAGGAGCUGGCGCUGCUGGCCGCCGCCGGGGAACCGCCGGAACCGCCGCCCGCCGCCGCCGCCCGCGACCCCGAGCUGCUGUCGCUGAUCCGGCAGAAGGAGAAGGACCUGGUGCUGGCGGCGCGGCUGGGCAAGGCGCUGCUCGAGCGCAACCAGGACAUGAGCCGCCAGUACGAGAGGAUGCACAAGGAGCUCACCGACAAGCUGGAGCACCUGGAACAAGAGAAGCACGAACUGCGGAGGCGGUUUGAGAACAAGGAAGGAGAAUGGGAAGGAAGGGUGUCUGAACUGGAAAGCGAUGUGAAGCAGCUGCAGGAUGAGCUGGAGAGGCAGCAGGUUCACCUGCGGGAAGCCGACCGUGAGAAGACACGGGCUGUCCAGGAACUCUCUGAACAGAACCAAAGACUCCUGGACCAGCUCAGCAGGGCAUCCGAGGUGGAGCGGCAGCUCUCCCUGCAGGUCCACACGCUCCGGGAGGACUUUCGGGAGAAGAACUCCUCCAGCAGUCAACACAUCGUGCGGCUCGAGAGCCUCCAGGCUGAGAUCAAAAUGCUGACGGACAGAAAGCGAGAGCUGGAGCAUCGCCUUAGUGCCAUGAUGGAGGAGAACGACCUGCUUCAGGGAACGGUGGAGGAGCUGCAGGACCGAGUCCUCAUCUUGGAGAGACAAAGCCAUGACAAGGACCUGCAGCUGCACCAAAGCCAGAUGGAGCUCCAGGAGGUGCGGCUGUCCUACCGGCAGCUGCAGGGGAAGGUAGAAGAGCUCAGCGAGGAGAGAAGUCUCCAAAAUUUCAACACAACCAGCACGUCCCUGCUGUCUGAGAUAGAGCAGAGCAUGGAGGCAGAGGAGCUGGAACAAGAACGAGAACAGCUGAGGCUGCAGCUCUGGGAGGCAUAUUGCCAAGUGCGGUAUCUCUGCUCCCAUCUCAGAGGAAAUGACAGCGCAGACUCCGCCGUCUCCACGGACUCCUCCAUGGAUGAGUCUUCAGAAACCUCAUCAGCCAAAGAUGUCCCGGCCGGCAGCCUACGGGCAGCUCUCAGCGAGCUGAAAAGGCUGAUACAAAACGUGCUGGAUGGGGCAGACUCCACGAGCUCUCGGCGGAGCGACGAUGACUCCUUAGAGGAACAGAUCAGGAGAACAAGUGAGGACUCAAGAGCCCUGAGGGAGUUAAUGGAGGGAGAACGGGGGAAACUGAGGCAAAGUCUGGAGGAGCUGCAGAGGCUGCACAGCCAGGUCACACUGCUGAGCGUGGAGAUGACGACGCUGAAGGAGGAGCGGGACCGGCUGAGGGGAGCUGCAGAAGACAAGGAGACGAGCGAACGGCUCCUGCAGGCCAUCCGGGAUCGGGACGAGGCCAUCGCCAAGAAGAACGCUGUGGAGGUGGAGCUGGCCAAGUGCAAGAUCGACAUGAUGUCCCUCAACAGCCAGUUGCUGGAUGCCAUCCAGCAGAAGGUGAACCUCUCGCAGCAGCUGGAGGCCUGGCAGGAUGACAUGCACAGGGUCAUUGACCAGCAGCUGAUGGACAAACACCCGAAGGAAUGGAGCCAGCUUGCUUAUUCCUUCUCCAGUGGCUACGUCGCAAAGCAGAGUGCCAGACCCUCCCCUGUGCUCCGGCCAGAGCCGCAGGGGGAUGAGCCCAGUGGGGCAGAAGGGCACCGUCUCUUUUCCUUUUUCAAGAAAAAUUAACUUGAAAAAGAGAAACCUCUCCAACCAUUCUUGCUUCAAGAUGGGGAGGGGGCAGCUGCCCAGCUUGCUGAUGGACCCAACGCUGAUCCACCGGGAAUAAGAAGGGGCAAAGGAGUUAACCUUGAGACUCUGCACUAUUAACGCCGCACCUGGUCUGAACCAAAUGUUUACAUAAAUUGGAAAUUUGCAAAUUGACAUUGUGCUACAGAUGGAAAGCAACUUUUCUUAUUCUUCAAGUGAAGCGAUGAACUUCAGGGUAUAUUUUAGGCGCUUUGACACGGUUUAGUUUCUGCUGUGAAGAAUAAUCUGAUUGAUUGUCUUAAAAGCAUUCUGAUGCUGGAGAAGGAAAUAAGCAGCCCCAAGACAAAGCAGCGCAGGGGAUUGGGAACUGCCAUCACAGCGAGUGCAGGGGGAAGAAGAGAGCCCAAUGCAAGAGAAGAGAGGAGCCCUCAUACAGCCCUCCAGGCCUGGCAACUGAUGUCCUUCAUCCAUCCCACUGGGAGCAGAGCUGCUUUGGCUGCAGCACUGCCAUGUUUUGAGAAGAUGAACCCUCACUGCACAUCCUACCUGGGCAUGCCUGUGGCUCUGUGGAGCUGCUCACCCCCGCGGGGAACCCAGGCUCCUUGCAGGUCAUGGCAGUUGUAAGUUUGUGUCUUCUGCAGCCUGUUAGAAGAGUUGCAGAGUCUGUAGGUGCACAAAAAUGUUAAGGACUUCUUCCCAUCCCUAUUGGCCACCUGCAACAGAUUACAAACUGAAUAACGUUGUGGAUGUUCAGUCCUGGGGCCUCCAAAGGUCAAAAGUAGAUGUGGAACUUCAGCACGUCGCACACCUUUCCCCUAAAGCCAUGUAUCUCUCGUAAACCGAGUAAGAAACCUGUUAUUGUAACAGGAUAAUCUCCCACCCAAAAAAACCCCCACAACUCAUUGAGAUCCUGUCCAUAAUGAAAUCAAAGGCUCACCACUGCUAGGCUGGCAGAUGUGAUCCUUAAAUCCGUGUCACAUCCGGAUCACAUCACAUCCGCUGGCAGAUGUGAUCCAUGCCGAAAACACACGGGCAUCUACCUUUGCUAAAGCCCCAGGCAAUCAGGGCACCUGCAGAGCUCUGGGGAUCCUGCAGCUUGCCCUUUGUGCCCUGCAGUACCAUUAGCUGUGGUCUGAUGGAAAUGAUGUGUAUUUGUUCUGCCCAUGGGUCAUUUCCCACUCAGCCCCUCAGCAAACAGGCAGCCAGAUCUCCUCUUAACCAAAGGUGAUCAAAGCCUGCUUUGCUGCAACCAAGACUUGACCAACAAGAAGGAAAAUUAGUAUUUCUGGUGUAUGCACACGGUGGUGCUGGAAACCCUGCAAUACAUUUCCCUAUGCACUGGAUGGGCACCUUAGAGCUCUUCCCUUUGAUAGAGUCUGCCUUCAUGAGACAGCAAGGCAGCCAGGCCAAGCUCAGAGCUGUCCUGCCUCCAUCAUGUGAUUUUCACAUGUUCUCCCAGCUCACAAUGCCCACAGACCCCAAUUUGUUUCCCUGCUGCUUCGAGGAGGCUCCUUCCUACACUGUCCCACAGGAGAUGGAACACAUACAGCUCUUCCCAGCUCAGCACAGGUGCUAAAACACCUUCUUAGGGGGAGCUGCCAAUCCCUGCUCCAUAUUGACAGUCACAGGUAUGCUGCUAGAAUUAGCCAUCCAGCACCUCCUCCUUAGAAGCAGGUAAGAGGUUGGUGGGUUGUUGUUUAAUGUAUUUAUUUAUUGCAUCGAGCAUACAUAAUACCUCAGUAGAAAUAUCCUUUCUGCCUACAAAGAUCUGAGCAUCCCCACGUUUCCUUAUUAGCACGGAGCUGCCAUGCUGGUACAAAGUCAGUAAACAUCAGGUCAGCUCUGCAAAGAGCAAAGCACUCUUUGGGGAUAGAGAAGGAUGAGUGGUAAAACUCAUUUACCUGAAAGCAAUGAAACCUGGAUCCCAGGUCCUACCCAAGAAGUAAUUAAAGCACCAUCAACAUCGUUUAAUGCUAAUAGGGAAGGGAGCUUGGAACCUCAUCAGCAGGAAAGGAAACCAAACCUCUCCUCCUGCUGAGCGUCUGCUUGUAGUGCAAACUAAGGGAAGGGACUCCGUGCAGUGCCAAGAGUGCUCUCAGGACAGAAAACCCUCAUCCUCCCAUCAUACCUACAUUAUGACUCCUCACAGGACAGAGACACGAGGCACGUGCUCAGCAUCUCCUGCCGUCAGGACUCACUCAUGCCCAUAUGCAUUAAGAAGCUCUGUUACCUGCAGAAUUGGCGUGGAUAGAUGGAUGCCAGUGAUCCCUGUGAGCAGUUGUCUUACACAGCAGUUCUUUGGAAAUGACACUGCAUAUUUUUGGGAGUCAUGUGAACAUCUCCGUCCUCACAGCUCCUUAUUCUGCUGUCAGCAUUCACUUCCCAGGCCCCAGCAGCUCUCUGCAGACCACGUGCUGACAGCUGAGUGGGACCUUCCCCCCUUGAAGAUGUCUGUCUGUAUGCAAUCCUAAGUAAAGGACCUUCAGUUACUCAAUGAAGAUGCAGCAAUGAGACGAAGAAAGGUGCCUUCUGCUACACGUUUGCUGAGAGGAAAGUGACUCAUUUGGUUGCAGGGGUAGGCAAUUGAAAUGCACAGCACAUCUCUGCAUUUAAGGAGAAACCUACCCUAAUCCCAUUGCAAUUUUAUUUAUUUAUUAGCAGUGACGGAAGAGGAUGCAAAAGGAAGGACAGCGCGUCCCAAGGUGCCAGCUGGGUAUGGUUUCUUCAAACUAACCCCUUAAUCCUACAGACUUAGUUGCACUACUAAACCCAGAAAUACAAGAGAACUGUGUUUAACGAACUGGACAACAGACCAAAGGAGACCUCCUUGUGCUCAGCUGCUACUCAAUAGGAACAGAAACUGCCUUAACAUAGCAGCUAAGCUUCGUUUCGUUUUAUUGAAAACUUACUCAGUCCUUCACAUUCUUGUGUGUCACAUUGUGUUUUAAGGUCCCAACUAUUUCACCUUGAACGGUCAUUGAAGCACUCAUCCCCUUCUGUAGAGGCCAGGAACCUGGAACUGUCCUUGCAGGGCUGGGUUAGAAGAUGCUCCACUUGUGAUAGUCUGUAUUUUAGGAUACACAUGGCAUAAAGAAAACAUCAGCUCCACUGAAUGGAAUGGAGGAAGUGCAUUAAUCCAGCAGGCACACAGGAUCCCAAAGCAGACUUAACAAGAGGGAUCAGCAGCUCUAAAUACAACACUCACCCUUCUGAGAUGAUGGUAAAUAACCCAGCAGUGCUGCACAGUCACCGCUCGAGUUUUGCACAUGCAGAAGACACCUGCUGAGAUGAAGGUUACAAAGAACUUUCCCACAGUUGAGCAACAGGUGACUGGGCAAAUGUUUUCUGUGUAAGGGAGAAGGGAUGAUUCUCCCUUUAAUAAACUCUGCAAGGGAAGCAACAGUAAACAAGGAAUACGUGAAUGAAAGGCAAGUCACUCGCACUUUAUGUUACUUCAAACUUGGAUCAGCAACUUGCCAUCAAGAUGAAUGCUAAAUCAAUUAACGACAACAGAAUAAUUUUGCACAGAGCAGCAAGAAGUGAGGUUAGAGGCAGUGCUGCAUGCACAAGGACUUCAUAGCUGUAUGCACUUGUCCUACUUAGAAUGCUAAAUUCCUGAUAUGCCUCUGCAGCAGGCAAUCUCUCCACUCCCCACUCGGCUAAAAAAAGCAAGAUUGUUGUAACCAAAAGCCAAGAAAGGAAGCGUCUGGGUGCUGCAGUAACCAUUCCCUUGGAUUGAGAGGGAAAAGCACACAGCAGGGACAAGCAGAAAGAAUGUAUCUAUAGAUAUGUACAUAAACCACAGUGCUGUAAUUUUUGUAUGUAGCAGUCAUGUAAAUAAAUGUAUGGUUUUUAUAAGAUACAUAUUAUGAAAAUCUAUAAAGGCAUAUUUUUAGUAAAAAAGAUGCUCUUCUUUUGUAAAUAGUUCUCUUCAGAAUAAAACAGACCAUUUAUAUACUGUCUCAGCUCUCAAGUCACUGCUUAUCCUGCCCACCUGCAGAAG